UUGCUUUCGGCUUGCCGGCUAUUGUGAAGACCGCAGUUCUGCGAGAAGAGCGGCGACAGGCGGUUCGUUAAACAGCUGCGGCGGACGACAAAAUGGCUCAGCGGGGUCUGAAGGAAGAUGAAUUGAUCCUGCGGGGCCCACCUCUGCCACCAAGGCCUUUGGGGCAAACGCUGUGGGACCGCCUGCUCAAUAGCAUGCUGCAACAUGGUGAUGCCACUGCACAGAUUGAUGCAGAUACAGGAGCCCGUCAAAGCUAUAGAGAAAUAUUACAAUCAGUUGGGCAGCUUGUAAAAAUAUUGGAUGCAUCAAAUUUCAAACCUGGUGACACAGUAGUAAUAUGCAGUGAGAAUAAUCUCCAGUUCUGUGUUCCUCUCCUGGCAUGUCUUCAAGCAGGAUAUGUAUGUGCACCAUUAAAUCCUGCAUACACUACAAAUGAGCUGCAACAUGUGCUCAAACUGACAAAACCAAGAGCAAUUUUCUAUUCAAGACGAUCAGCAACAGCUAUCUUGGAUGCUGCCAAGAAAAUUACUUCAAGAUGUGAGAUAUAUUGUUGUAUUGAUGAGGAACUUGACAGUUUUCUGCUACAAUCCAAAAAAUUCCAUAAGUCUGUGAAGAAUGAUGUCAAAAGUAGUGACACAGCAUUUAUUCUUACUUCUUCUGGUACUACUGGACUGCCUAAAGGAGUUGCUUUGUCACAUGACAAUUUUCUUGUUAGUCUUGCUUGUCUCAGACAUCCUGAUUUUAAUCCAGAUGAAGAAUAUGGAAAAGAAAUGGUUGCUUAUCUGCCAUUCUUUCAUGCUUUUGGUCUUCACAUAAUGAUUGGAUGCUUUGAUGAAGGUGUUGCCAUGAUAAUCAUGACACAAUUUGACAUAGACACGUUUCUGCAACUUAUACAGGAUUACAAGGUUCAGUCACUUGCAUUGGUGCCACCAAUAGUAGCACUGAUUUCAUAUCAUCCAAGUGUAGCCAACUACGACUUAUCAAGCGUUCGACGUGUGGGAUGUGGAGCUGCUCCUCUAGGCUCUGACCUACAGGAAGCUUUCAAGAAACGCCUCCCCAGUGUUGAAGAAAUUACUCAAGCUUAUGGACUCACAGAAGCCACACUUAUGGUUACUAGAAUUCCCCCUGGUAAAAAUAAGAUGGGCUCAUCAGGAGUGGCGGCACCUGGCAUUGAAGUAAAGGUUAUUGACACAGAAACCGGUCGCUCACUAGGCCCUUAUAAACAAGGAGAAAUCCUGUGCCGUGGUUCAGCUAUAAUGAAAGGCUAUAUUGGAGACGAAAAAGCAACAGCUGCAACCAUAGAUAGUGAUGGCUGGUUACAUACCGGAGAUGUUGGCUACUAUGACAAUGAUGGGUAUUUCUUCAUUGUUGAUCGCAUCAAAGAACUUAUCAAAUACAAAGGAUUUCAGGUGGCCCCUGCAGAGCUUGAAGGAAUCAUUGUGAAUCAUCCAGCAGUAUAUGAAGUGGCUGUCAUUGGUGUACCUGACAAAAUUGCUGGUGAACUACCAAAAGCUUUUGUAGUUCAACAAGCUCCAGUAACAGAACAGGAAAUUAUUGAUUAUGUUGCAAAACAGGUAUCUUCACACAAGCAAUUGCGAGGAGGAGUUGAAUUUGUUAAUGAAAUACCAAAAACAAGCACUGGAAAGAUCUUGCGAAGAGAGCUACGUAGACUGAAAUCAAAACUUUAAGUUCUAUGGAUGACACAGGAUUUCAUCUAGUCUAGAGUAUCUAUUGAAGAGACUGUUAAAAAAUGUAUAAUAUUUUAUA